AUGUUUGACGAACUUAAAGAACAAUUAAAACAAUUACCAAAUCCUCAUAUCAAUGAUGAUAAACGACGCCAAGCGAAAUUUCAAGAAUUAGCAUUAGAAUAUGAACGUAAUAAACAGGUCUUAACAGCACGUAUUAAACAAUUACAAUUUUCUCAAGCACCACUUCUAGCAAAUGAAUCCUCACCACUAUCAUCUAAUUCUGAAAAAUCAUCUAUAUUAACAACAGGUGUUAUUCACCAUUCAACUAUGAUUUUAACAUCAUCAUCAAAAAAUGCUCAUGAUGUAAUAACAAAAAUAGGAAUUGUUCCUCCAUCAAUUCUAACAUGUACACAAUAA